UCCGACGCUCCUUUAGUCAGUACCCGUCCCUUGAAAUAGAAACAAAUGUGGGUACAAAACCUUCAAACUACGUUUUGAUCACUAAAGCCCAACUAGAAUGAAUUAAUGAAGAUUUAUCAACACAACGGCUGCACGACAAUCACACGCAUGAGCUAUUAAGGUAAAUGCAAAAAUGAAAAACCGCUCUACGAGGUGCUGUGUCAUGUAAAUAUAUAAUCGAAUUGUUUGGGAAAUGUUGUUUUGCAUUUUUCUUUUGUAAAUCAUGAAAUAAUAUAGGCCUACUGAGAGUGCAUUUAUUUACGCAUAGUCCGAUAAAAAUAAAAAUAAAGAGAAAAAAAAAGAGAGAAAAAAAUAGAAAGAAAGAGAGAGAGAAAGAAAGACCGAUAAAAAGAACAAAAAGACUCAGACAGAUACCGCCAGACAUAUUAUUAACCCUGUGGCCUCGAUGUGCAGUGCGCAAACCAGGAAGUGUAAAUCUUCAACUAGGUGUUCGGGAAGUAGCAUAACAAUCCUCCGAUUCGCUGCUACUCGGAAAGCAGACGCAUUACUAUCUGUUGGACUAUCACGUUUUUGAACAUGUUUACUACAGUGAUUUCGGUGUAAUGGGAGGACUAGGUGUUUAAUGGCCACUGUGAACGGGGCCUCACAUGAGGAAGCCUCACCCCUGGGCCAAACAUGGAUCCAGUUUUGUGAGGGUGAGGCCACGACCGCGGCCCAAGAUUUUGUGCGAGACUUCCUUAUUUAUCAAAACAGCUCGUCCCAUAACAGAAACAGGGAGCCAGUGGACCCGUACGAAUAUUAUCGGAAAUUCGUGGAAUGUUUUGAAAAACAGUUUGACCUUGAAAUACGUCGGACCUCUUUUAUUUUGGACGAUACGAGUACAGAAGUGAAGUUGACACGGUCCGAACAAUGCCCCGUGCGUCAAAAUGGCGUGCCCGAGUUGGCAGGCGAUUACCACGAACGGAGUAUUGUCGCGGAACAAGGGGUUAGCCCCUCGCGGAAACCCAACAAAAGUAUUCUACGAAGAUUUUCCUUCAAAAAUAUUAAAAAGGGGAAAAUAUUUAAGCAGUCGUCGGACGAAGUAGAUGCUAAUGCCCACGGGGAUAGUAAUACUAGUAAUAGUCACAGAAAACAAAAACUAAAACACGAAAAAGAGGUGAAAAAACAAGCCGCAAAAUUAAGCAAAUCAGAUGGUCGUGUUUCAGAGGUUGAAAAGGAAGGUAUCGUGUAUGUUUUAGCAGGGGAGGAUUCUAAAGGCAAGUCAAAGUGGGAGCGAACGAGGCUGGUUUUGUUAAAAACCACGGGAGACUACCUGCUCGAGUUUUACUCCCCACCUAAGUCAUUGAAGCCCAAAAAUGGACUUUUCUGCUUUCUCAUAAAAGCAGUGAGAGAGACGACAGGAUUGGAAAUGCCAGAUCACGAACAUUCCCUAGUCAUGAAGGGAGAAGGCAAUAUAGAGUAUGUGAUAGAGGCCCCUGAUCAUGAGCAGAUGGUGUCAUGGUUGGUGGUGCUGCGUCGGGUUAUCAACCAGGACCGAGCGACAGGCGAGGAGGCUGCCGGGACAUCUGUUAUGCGUCCAAGGUUACCAACUGCCCCAUCUGGUUCUAUAGAAAGAAAAGAGACGACUGCCAUCACAUCAGCCAAUAGGAGUUCGUCGCAGGGCAGUUUAGGGGGUAGUACUCCCGAGGUGCCACCUCGCCCAUCCCCCCGGCCCUGGAGUACACCUCACCACACACCAUCAUCUAGUCGGGUGUCCAGUGCUGCCGAUGUGGCCGCUGCAGCAAGAUAUGAAAGCGAAGCUCUAGGAAUCCCUGAAGGAGGCAUUGACUGCGUUCUGCGUGAGUACCCCUGGUUUCACGGAACCCUCUCGCGGCUCGAGGCGGCACAGCUUGUCCUACAGCAGGGUCCGGUCGGUCACGGUGUGUUCCUGGUGCGCAAGAGUGAAACACGCACCGGAGAAUACGUCCUCACGUUCAACUUUCAAGGACGGGCAAAGCAUCUACGGAUGACAAUUAAUAAUGACGGACAGUGUCGUGUACAGCACUUGUGGUUCCAGGCAAUAUUUGACAUGUUGGAGCACUUCCGGACACACCCAAUACCGCUGGAAUCGGGUGGGUCCUCUGACGUCACUCUCACAGACUACAUAGUGUAUAUGGAGCGGCCGCGGACACCCACCACAUUACCCCGUGGGUCGCCACGGUCGCACGGAAAUUCAAACUUCGGCGGCAACAUGCGCAAUUCGCUCUCUGUGCACCACGGUCAGUUUGACAGCACGCGCGAUGCGGUGGUGGUCGGCGGGUCCAUACGAUCGCGGACGUCGUCCAUAGAGAAUGUGGUGCGGGACUCACAGACGCACGGAUCUCAGGGACAGCUGUCUCAUGGCCGGGCUGUCGAGAAUCAUUAUUCGUUUGUGUAGGGUGAAGCAGUGGAGUGGAAUCGUUGUGUAGCGUGAAGCGGCAAAGUGGAAUCGUUGUGUAGCGUGAAACAUCAGAGUGUAAUUGUAUGUGUAGCAUGAAACAUCAGAGUGUAAUUGUAUGUGUAGCAUGAAACAUCAGAGUGUAAUUGUAUGUGUAGCAUGAAACAUCAGUGUGUAAUUGUAUGUGUAGCAUGAAACAGUGUAAUUGUAUGUGUAGCAUGAAACAGAGUGUAAUUGUAUGUGUAGCAUGAAACAUCAGUGUGUAAUUGUAUGUGUAGCAUGAAACAGUGUAAUUGUAUGUGUAGCAUGAAACAGAGUGUAAUUGUAUGUGUAGCAUGAAACAUCAGAGUGUAAUUGUAUGUGUAGCAUGAAACAUCAGUGUGUAAUUGUAUGUGUAGCAUGAAACAGUGUAAUUGUAUGUGUAGCAUGAAACAGAGUGUAAUUGUAUGUGUAGCAUGAAACAUCAGUGUGUAAUUGUAUGUGUAGCAUAAAACAGUGUAAUUGUAUGUGUAGCAUGAAACAUCAGAGUGUAAUUGUAUGUGUAGCAUGAAACAUCAGUGUGUAAUUGUAUGUGUAGCAUGAAACAGUGUAAUUGUAUGUGUAGCAUGAAACAUCAGAGUGUAAUUGUAUGUCUAGCAUGAAACAUCAGUGUGUCAGGGAUUUACCUUGUUUUUCUGAAAUGGGGGUCCCUUGGACUCACCUCUUUUCUGGAGGUCCCAACCUGAAAACAAAGGGUCCCAAAACCACACAAACGACAGAGAGCUGCAGACAACAAAUCACUUGUAUACUAUAUCAUUUAUAUGUUCCAUUAAAGUAAAUUUAACAAGCUGUGUUGUUGUUUUUCCUUUCGGGAAAUCAUUGUCGGUAUUCAUUGUUUAUUCUUUCAAAAUCAACAUUUCAGUUUGAUCUGUAUAAUUAUUUGAACCAUUUCCUGCAAGCUAAAUGACACUCACAAUACCAUGCGUUGUUUAUGAUUCGUGCUACUUGUUUGUUAAUGCAAAUCAGAACAAUCAACCAAUUUGCUUUAUUCGCCUGGGAAUUUCCGAUUGUGUUCGGCCUGUUGACGAGAAGUUCCGAAUGAUCGCAAAUCCGCGAUCUCUUUCCGGAAAUUACCAACUUUACCCGAUUAAGCGCAGCAAAGGAUAAAGACGCAGUGUUUCCAGAGAUUAAAACUUUUUGUUUUUGAUAUGGGGAAUCCCCAUUUGAAUACGCAGUUUAUAGGUAGAAAAGAAAUAGUGUGUUACACAGAAUGAUCGAUCUUUGAUAGUGGACAGGGUUACUGAAAAUGUCAGAUAUUUUAUGCGUCCCACGGGAUGCAGUAUCUCUAUUUUUGUGGGUCCAGUUAAGUAUUAGUGCGUCCUAUACGCAAGUUUUGUGCGUCCGGUAAAUCCCUGGUGUGUAAUUGUAUGUGUAGCAUGAAACCGACUGUAAUUGUAUGUGUAGCAUGAAACAUCAGUGUGUAAUUGUAUGUGUAGCAUGAAACAGACUGUAAUUGUAUGUGUAGCAUGAAACAUCAGAGUGUAAUUGUAUGUGUAGCAUGAAACAUCAUUGUAAUUGUAUGUGUAGCAUGAAACAUCAGAGUGUAAUUGUAUGUGUAGCAUGAAACAGUGUAAUUGUAUGUGUAGCAUGAAACAUCAGAGUGUAAUUGUAUGUGUAGCAUGAAACAGAGUGUAAUUGUAUGUGUAGCAUGAAACAGAGUGUAAUUGUAUGUGUAGGGUGAGAUGUUAAGAGUGUAAUUGUAUGUGUAGGGUGAGAUGUUAGAGUGUAAUGUUCAUGUAGCGUGAACUGUCAAGAAAGUAAUCUUUAUGUAACGUUAAAUAUCAAGAGAACAAUGUGGCUAAAAUCAUUCAAAUUGUUGGUGAGUGUUCACCCUCCUGAACAUAUUACAGAUCUAAUCAUCGACUCCACUUGUCUGUGUUAAUAAAGUCAGUAAAUAAGCACAUGUACAUUUAUAAAUAAAACAUGGCUUACCUCCAAAGUUUGGACCAGAGGACUAAUUCACAAAGCUCUCUUAAGAAACAUUGCACUGUCCAUGCAUGUCUUUUGGAUUUGAAUUGAGUGAGAUCGCAGAACUUGCAAGAAUUUGAUAAAAUAGGCCCCAGAUCUUCAGAGAAUCUGACUUUCAGAGUAAUGGACCUUCAGAAUACAGACAUAUCACUGAAGUUCACUGUAUUUCUUGUUACAGUAUAUGGUACAGAAUGUAAGUGAGAGUAUGUGUUACUGAUGUGUUGCACUAUACUUCUGUGCAUCUGUUAACGUGCAGUACUGGACAUACAAAUGUAUGCUCGUCUUUAUUAUUAAUGUGUUAUUGUCAAGCUGUAGUCAUUGCUACUGUGCAACAUCCUUCAGCCAAACCUAUCAUUCUUUUUCUUUUUCAUUUACUUUUUCUUUUUCUUGUUUUUUUCAUUUUUCACUUCAAAAUAUGUUAACUCUGCAACAGUUUCUUUGUUAUAAAAUAUGUAUUUAUUUGUACUAAUCUGUAAUUCUUGAACAUGUUAUUAUGCACUCAUUUAGUGAGGGUGUUUCUAUAUUGUAUUGUAAAAAUGAUAAAUUUAAAUUUGUGAAGAAUUAUGAAAAUAAUGUUGAUGCAUUUCCAUUUGUUUUAGACAUAUGACUGAGCAUUCAGACAUGCAGGACUGUGUCUGAUUUAGUCUUUUGUACAGCCUAUUUAUGUGCUCAAUAUACAUGUACACAUGUAGCUGUAUAUAUAUAUAUAUAUUAUGCUAAUCACUGAAUUAAUUUAUCUAUUUUAUUUUUGUAAAAAAGCAGUGGUUUGUCCUCAGAUGGAUUACCUUUAAUAGAUUUGUUUCGUCAGAUCUAAGUGUACAUAGUUUUUGUGGGGUUUUUUUUAUCAAAGACUGGACAGAUUGAGGUUUUACAUAUUUUAACACAUUUAUAUUUAUGCUGUACAUAUUUUAAUUAAAUCCUCGUGAUCUUCCCCUCUCCACCUUUUAACGUUAUUGGCAAAACUUCAAUUUACAGUGUAAGUCAAAAGUAGGGAUUGAUCAUUCCUAUUGUAAUGGUUUGUCUACAUAAUGAGUGUAUAUACCCUUUAUUGCAUUGUAGACAUUAUCAUAGAACUGGUGAUGACAUGUUUAAUAUUGCAUGCAUGUAUGUAAUGCAGAUUUAGAAGGUGAUCAACUGAAAUUUAAUAUUUCACAUACACAAGUACAUGAACGCCAUUCAGAAAUUAAUAGCCUCAAGUUUAAUAUUGCGUGUACAGUGCACUUUAUGAAUUGGUCAACUGAAAUUUAAUAUUUCACAUACACAAGUACAUGAACGCCAUUCAGAAAUUAAUAGCCUCAAGUUUAAUAUUGCGUGUACCGUGCACUUUAUGAAUUAGUCAACUGAAAUUUCAUCUUAACACGUUUUACUAAUUAUCCUUGACAAAGUCUAAAGGCAAGAUACUAUUACCCGGUACUACUUUUCCAACAGAAAUGGCGGCAACUUUGGAUUAGCUCCAACAUUAAGUGUUCAGCUCCUUUUAUCACAAACUAUAAGUCUACACCAAUAAAACUUGGUUUAUAGUUGCACCUACAUGUACAUGUAUGUAUGUUCAUCUCAAUGCAUGUAAAAGCAAAAUAAUAAUAAUUUUUUUAAAUUAUUUAAAAUUAAAAUGCUUAGCAUUUAGCUCAUAUUUAUAUAUGGAAUGUUUUGUGUAUCCAUCUCUCACCAACUACAAGUAUAAAUACUAUAUCAGUAGUUGCCAUUAAUUUGAAGUCAGAUUAACUGUUAAUGAAAAUGAUCCAAGUUUAUUUCUUGGAUAUACAUCUAAGAAUAUUUCAUCACAAUGCAUGUUAAACAAUUUAAAAUUCAAACAAAUACUAAACAAAUUUUCUUUUUAAUGAUAUUUUUUAAAGAAAUAAAAAUAAUCACAAAUUUUACAUACAGAGUAAUACUUUUAUAAAAUUAAUUAAAUAAAUGAAAUACUUAGUUUUUUAACAUGAACAUACAGCAUCUAACCGAUAGUGAAUAAGACUCCCUGUUAUGUACAGUAUAUUUUAUAAAUUACUUUCUUGUGAUAAUUACAAUGCAAUGUAUGCAUAUGUUUUGCUUUUAGUGACAUUUUUUAAAAACUAAAAGCACAUAUGGAUAUGUUUUUUUCCAUCUGUUAACAUAUUACUUAAAAAUCUUUGUUUGGUAACACCCAGUUUCAGUGGCUUUGGGAGAUACUGAAUUUUAAUGUGAGAGUGUGAUUGAGACAAAGGUUUGCAUAUCCCCUUUUAAGGCAAUUUUCCUCAGUUAAUUCUUGCCUAAGUAUUUAUAUGUACUGUGAUUUUGCCAACCUCUGAUUAUGUGUUAUUUAGUUUGUGAUUCAGUUAAUAUGCUUGUACAUAUUGCUUUAUGGGUAUGAUGAUUGAUUCUUUACGAGCAUCUAUGAGCAUCUAUCGUAGAGACAUUCCUAAAUUUGUAAUACAGUCAAACCUGCUCUUGUGCCAUCUAAGUUAAGAGGCCACAUUUUUAUUCUCCCAAUUCAUCUAAUAUAGUAUAUACUGACCUUUAUUAAGCAGCCAUCCGUCUUGAAAGGCCACUUUUUGAUACUUUAUAUGGUGGCUGCUAAAUACAGGUUUGACUUUUAUUAGUAUUCACUUCAAAAACCUAUAACUGAGUCUUCUUUUUUCUCCUUUGCUUUUUUGUUUUGGUCUUCUUUUUUCUUCUAGUUAGUCUCCAGCAAUAGAGUUUGAUUUUACAUGCCCUUCCUAGCUAAAGUCUUCCUUUAUCCUCCACUGAUUAAAAAACAGUUAAUAGGGCAAAGUUACUACGCAUGCUUAUUCUAGUAAUCCAAUGCAUUCAGAGAAAUUGUUUACCACGCGCAGUUAUGUGCAGAAUUAAACAAACAUUUUUGAAUGCCUUCCUGUUUGUAAUGAAUAGAAACUUUUCAUGAUGCUUUGACUAAAAGCGUAUCCAAUUGACUAACCUUUCGGCUCAACAUGUAACCAGUUACCUGUUUACGAAGGCAUCGAUUUCGACAAAAUACAAUGUAUGUAUGGAGCCAUAUUUUAAAAAACAUCAACAUUAGUAUUUUCCUUCAUUUCUCUUUAAAGGAACUAUUCUGAGUUUUCAGCCCUGGUAAAAAUUUCUCCCAACAGAAUAAACAUACAUUCUGCUUUUUCCUAUUUUUAAAACACUAUCCUUACCUUAAGAUGUUUAAAAUAUAUGGCUUAAUGCUGAUAAAUACAUUUGGAAAAAAAAAAAAAAAAAAAAAACACUAGCCAUCUUACAUUAACAUGUUUUAAAUCAUAAAAUGUAUUAUACAGAUAAAUACAGUUACUUGAAAAAACCUUUGGCUGAAUUAUUUCAAGUUUAGUUUGGCUUUUGUAAGAAAACAUAAUUUUAAAAUCUUUUAAAAUGGCAACAAACUUGGGAUAGACUCUUUAAUAACUGGUUGGACAAGGCUUCUAACUUUUUAAAAACAUUGUGACAUAAUCAAAAGUUUAAGUUUUGUGGGGGAAAAAAAGACGUUUGAGUAACCUUAACCCCCAUAUUUACAAGUUGAGUAACAUUAGAUCUACCUCAGUCACCUAGUAAUGACCAUUUUCAGUUUCACCCAACAUAUAUUUUGUGACAUCCAUCAUGGAACAAUGAUUAGCCAGCGUGACAAUUUUUCAACCUCAUUCAAGAAGCUGUGUCAGUAUUUCACUCAUUGUUGAUUAACUUCAGAUCAGUUUUAUCCAUGACUUCCAACUCGUAUUUUACAAACAAAAAAACAGCUUUAAUAAGCUGAGUAAUCCCUGGGUUUUUUUCAUAAGUGUAAGUUAAUAAAUAAGUAUUAUUUGUGUUUUACACUAUACAGCAAAAUACAUGUACCUAAAUUUAGGGGCUACAUGUGUAGUUGUUAAAGUGUUCGUUAGCUUAACCAGUGGUUAACAAACAUUUUCAAAAUUCAGGACCAAAUCAUUACAAAUAAUAACUGAAAACCAUGUUGAAACUUGAUGGUCAAGUCUAAAGUUAAUGGUUCAUAUCUAAAGUUUAUUUUGUAAUGUUUGCAAAUAUAAUUAAAAAGAAAAUAUUGGACUAACUCAGGGUUAAUUUAACUAAUCUUUGAAAAAUUGGAUCCAGUUUCCCAUUAUACAAUUUACUGCUGACAGUGUGGUUAUCUGCAAGUGAAUGAGUGCUGGCUUGGCGCUUACACAUAUAAAACUCAAGACUAAUAGAGUGAGGUUUUAUCAUCAUACAAAUUGCAUGCAUGUGACAUCAUUUGAGAUUGAGUUUAGACUCUAAAAGUGUUAUAGCACGGGCCCAGAUCUCUAAUUUCCAGUAACUUGCAGCUGUUGCACAAGAUGAUCCAUCCAAUUGAUUUUGUUGAUGGACCAGCACAAAUCGGUGGCCAUUUGAUAUCCACAGGUAUUUCACUAAUUGGGGACCAGUGUAGUGGUAAAUUGACACAGACAUGUUACCACGCGUUACCACAGCUUGAGCAGAUUGAAUUAUUCACGUCAGAGUUCUGUCUUGACAUUGUUAAGUGAUGAAAAUGCCAUGUCGGUGACAAUUUGAUGAUAUUUUAAUCUUUUGUUUUGUUUAACAGUGCCACUAGAGCUUAUUGAUUUAUUAAGUCUAUAGGUGUGUAUUUAUCUUUGAUUGGUUUGGUAAUAACUACUAGAUAGAAUAUUAUUACCGAUGUGAUUAAAAAUAUCUUGGUACAUAUCAAAGUGAUACAUCCAAUAGAAUGCCAAGGGACGUAACACUUCGGCGUCCAUGAUGAUGUCAUAGAUUAGAGCAGGCACGUCAACCAAACGAAUUGAUUGAUAUAAAUUAAGAUCGAUUAUGGAUAAUAAAUAGGAUAUUAAGCUUGCUAACAUUUCGUAUCUUGUUUAUGUCCCUCGUGAAAUAAUUUUCAUUGUCACUCGCUAAAGCUUAUGACAAUUGAAAAUUAUUUCACACAGGACCUAAACAUGAUGCGAAAUGGAAGCUUGUUUAAUAUCUUAUAAGUAUUAGUUACAGAACAAAAUAAAAAUGACUGGCUGCAUUUUAUUUAAUUAAUAAAUAAUAGACAAUUGUUUUUAAAACAUAAAAUCAAUCUUGGCAAAUGCCCCCACCCCUCCUCCAUAAUGUACCCUACGAUACCUUCUCCCCUAGAGUGUUGAUAAUUGUUGAACAGCCAGUGGGUAAAUUUAUUUUUGUCAGGAGUACCAUUGUGACAUAGCACUUUUGUUGAAGCAAAAAUUGUUGAUCAGGUUUUGAACUUUACUGAAAAAAAGUAAAACAAUUUUAAAAUUGUUGUUUUAUGAAAAUAAUUUAUUGUGAAGUUGCACAUAUUAUGUAUUUAUUUUAUUAUAUUACAUAUAUGUAUAUGUAAACAUUCAUAGAUAUACAUAUUUAAUAUAUGUAUGUGUGUGUGCCGGGUAGGUGAUUUUAGUGUUACUUGAGUUUCCAACAUAAGAAUUAAAUGUUGGUGUUAAGAACCUCUAGUACCGUUACAAAUUUGCCUUUUAAUCUUGACUGUGAGAUUGAAAAUUCUUCUAACAUUGAUUGAAUGAAAAAUGAGAUGUUUCAGGCCAGCGUUGAAAAGACUAAAUUUGCAGUAAUAUGCCAGUCUGGGGCCUAAUUCACAAAGCUCUCUUAGGCUCUGUUAGACAACAAAGCAUCCCCUUUGCAAGUCUUUUAACAUUGCGCUGCGAGAUCACUAAGUUGGGAGAGUUUUGUGAAUUAGGCCCUUGUUAGCAUAUUUUGUCAGCACUAUUUUCUUUUUUUAAAUCUUGUAAAAUGAAAUGUACAUAAACAUUUUUUAAAUAUACUGGUAAGUUUAAAUACACUGGUAAGUUUUAAAAAACCCAUUAAUGUAGCAAAUGUGCACUUGUUAAAAGGGUAAUAAGGUUAUAGGAAUUUAUAAAAACAGAGCAUUUUAGGCAAUUACAGUCAGACCUCAUUACAACAACUGUCGUUACUACAACAUUACACCAGCUGACCAAAAACUGAUGGGAACAAACCUACAUCAUUCUUAUUCUUUUCAUUACACCAGAAUUCACACUUUCUGACACCAAUAGGGCAAAUUAGGAACAAAUGUACCAUACAUCCUACUUCAGAAAAUAACUCCUUACACCAACAUUACGUAAUCAAAGAUGCCAUAACAGGUUAGAUUUCAACGUUUAAGGUUAAUGUUACACACACAGCCACUUGGCAUCCUUGAUUGGAGCUGAUGUUACUUGAUGUUACCGAUGCCAGUAAAUGGAUGUCUUGAACCAGUAAAUGAUUGACAGUGAAUGCACCUUGCCUAUUAUACUUAAUGUGGGUUUUUUUUUAAAAACCAAAAAACAUUUGUGUUACAUGUACAUGUAUUUGUUUAUAGUAAUAGCAAUGCAUUAAUUAUUUAAAUGCUAUUCGUUCUUCUGUUAUAAUUACAAUAUUAUAAUAGCUGUUGUAUUAAGCAGUAUUUUUCCUUAAUUUUUCAUUAUGGCAUGGGAGAUAACUUAUGACAAAUUCUCUACAAUGGCAAAUUUUAUGUUAGUGACCCAAGGGGGAUGUGAUUGUUGUAAAGAUGUCUGACUGUACAUAUAUUUAGGGUUUCCUUGUUUUUUUUUCAACCUUUUUCAUUUUCUAGUAUAUUGAAACUCACAUUUAAAAUCAAUAUUGCCUAAUGUUAUGGUCAUGAUGAAUAUUCGUAUUUUAUAGUAGCUUUUCUUUUAUCACUUAUGCAAACAUAUUUUCGCUUAUCUUGCUAUUAAUGAUUCAAAUUUGAUUUUCGUGUUAAAUAGGUGUUGACCUAGAUUUUAUACUGAAUGGAGCGUAUGUGUGUGUGUUUGGUAUUGUUAGAGAUGCAAGUUAAAUUAAUGUUACAUCUACAAAAUGUAUGAUUCAUUACUCAUUUAUUGCAAUUCAGUAUUGAACAUUUAUUAUCUAGCUGUUUGUCUGUUGUCUCUUUGUACGGAACUAACAAAGUCUUGCACUGGUUAUAAUAGCCUGUUCUGUUUAACUCAAAUACUCCUUUGCUUGAAGUUGAAUUGAGCCAAAAUUUGUGUGAAAUACAAAAUACAAGUUUAAUUUCUCCUCUUCUUUUUAAGUUUGAGGCCAGAUGUUCAAACAUUAGUUAGCUUAACCUGGUGGUAGCAGAAAUAUUCAGUACCAAGGACUGAAUCAGUACAAAUGACAACUGAAAACGUUGAAACUUGAUUUGGAAUAGCAAUACAUAAUAAAAUCUAAAGUUUAUUUUGUAUUUGUGCAAUCAUAAUUAAAAUGAAAAUAUUAGACUAAUCCAGUGUUAAUUUAACUAUACUUUGAACAACUGAGCCCUGGAUUUUAAAUCAGCCAGAAUUAGAGGUCAUUUUCUUUCUUUCUUUUUUUUUGCUUUCUUUUUUAAAAAAAAACUUCUUUUUUUAAUUUAAAAUUAUUUGUUUUUAACUUCUUUUUUUAUUUUAAAGCUGGAUGUCUUUUUAAGGUCCACCAAGAGACAUUGUGCAAGAGACUUGUUGGUUCAAACUAAAACAAUGUACUGAACAAAACAAACUGGUGAUUAAUUAUUUUUAGAUAUUGAUUGUUCCUUCAAACCCGGUUCACAUUGCUGCAUUCAGCCUGCAAAGAGCGAGAAGAAAAGCUCACUUAUGCACAUUAUGCUGUGUUUUGUCAUCGUGUGCAACGUAUUAUAACACAGCCAGUCCUUGAUGAGCUGUUUUUAUUAUGUGCAGGAUGUUACAGAACAGCCGGUUCAUGUUACGCUGUUUUCUUAUAUUGUUGUGCAAGAUGCUACAAUACAGCCAGUUCACAUUAUGCUGUUGUUUUACAUGUUAUGCACUCUUGUGUUCUCCUCAAGGGCAGUUGUAUUAGGCAGUGGGAAAAAGAGAGGUGUUGUGUCUAGUGAUCUUGAAGGUAUAAGAAACCUUUGAGGAAAAUGCAUUCUUUGACAUCCUGCCAAUGGUCCAUGUUGUUGUAAAUUUGUUUUAAUGACUGUUGGUGGUUGUCUGAGAUGUUUCGUCAGUUUUAAGAUAAAUUCCUAAUCAGGAGGGAAUUUGUUCAGUGAUAUUUUAUCUCCUCUCCCUCUCCCCCCCCCCCCCCCCCCCCCCAAGGGUUAAUUCUGGAGACAUCCUGUAAUAUUUAACACAAAGUGGUUAAUCCUGAAGAGAUCCCUUAACAUUUUAUAAACUUUUGUCAUUCUUCAGAAUCUGACACAAGUUGUUAAUCCUAAAGAAAUCUGUUAAUGUUCAGCCACAAAUCCUGAAGCAGUCUUAUAUUACCUGUUUUUCUCAUCACAGGCACAGGAUAAAAAAUUUCUCAGAUGGGUUAAUUUCUCGACUUCUUCAUCUGGAAAAUGCUGCAGACAGAUUGUUACUUCAACUUAAACUGUAUUUACAUGCCUAUAUCUUUUGAAGGUUCAGGCACUAUUUAUGGUGGUCUCCUUAACAAGUAGACCUUCAUGUCUGAUGGGCUGCCUCUCUUUGAUGCCAGUCCCAGUCCAUUUCUUGUUGUGCCUUGUCUGUCAUCUAGCAAACUAUUAGCAAACUAAUUGCUUUGGAUGGUUUUAAAUAUGAUCUUAUUCAUUAAGAGCUGCUUGUUUUAAAAUUGUUGCAUCUAUCUGCAAUAAGAAUGGGCACUGUUGCUCUACUGUGUAAGCUACAUGCGUGUAUACAUACUCAGCAGCACAGAAAACAGUGGCAUCAUCUAGUUCAGUGUUGCUUGACGCUCAGAUGGUUGUGCUGCUAUUUUAUAUUCAAUGCAUUUUCUUUGGAUGGAUUAAACACAUCUGUACUUGA